GUGCCUAUAUAUACUCUUCUUCAUAUGUCUCCUCUCUGGCUUGACAAUCUCAGUCACUCAUCGCUCCGUCUUGCAACGCUCUCUUCCUUCUAGGAAGUGAUUUCAACCACCGGUCAAGAUGUCAGAUAAGAAGAUGUCGUCGAGUCGCAGGCAACAUCUGAAGAGCUUGAUGCUCCAGAUUGCCCAGGGGUUCAUCGAGGCUGAGGCCAUCCAGGCAGAGGAGGACAAAAACAGCUACAUGGAUGAGAAUGUCCCCUCCUUCUCCGUCCCUGAAUCCAUGCAGGAACUCCAGGAUCUGUGUAAGAAGCUCCACCAGCAGAUUGAUGCAGUGGAUGAACAGAGAUAUGACACGCAAAGCAAAGUAGCCAAGUCUGAUAAGGAGAUUGUGGAUCUGAAGAUAAAACUACAAGACCUGAAGGGCAAGUUCAGGAAGCCCGUCCUGAAGAAAGUCCGCAUGUCUGCUGAUGCUAUGCUCCAGGCUCUGCUGGGCUCCAAACACAAGGUGUCCAUGGACCUGAGGGCCAACCUGAAGCAAGUCAAGAAGGAGGUCAAGGAGGAGGUGAAAGAUGCAGCUGACUGGCGUAAGAACAUAGAGGACAAGGCUGGCAUGGACGGUAGAAAGAAGAUGUUUGAGUCCGACCCUUAAGACCCUUUAACAAGACCCCUAAUAUGUGUAUUUGUGUUCAUAUGUCUCAUCUGAUAACAUCCUCCAUUUUAAUCUACAUUCUCCUCCUGUCAUUCGUAUUUACACUGCUCUGUCUAAUAAAAGAAAAUA